AUGUCCCCGGUCGCUCAAGCUUCAGCGACAGCAGAUCAGCUGAUACCUUCAGAAUGGACGCUUGAUGCCUCUACUCCCAGCUCGCCUCACACACAUCUCUCUCGAAAUGCUUCCGACUACUUCGACCCAGCGCUGCUUGCUCAGCUGCAAUCUCAGAACGGAAGCUCACAUCCCGAGCUACGAUUGGACGGCCGACCUGAUCCUUCUCCUCCUGUGGACUCUGUGUUCGGUCGCUUGUCGCCCCACCAGACACACGCAGUUCGCGCGGCUAGCCAGUCGGAGUGGGCGCAACACGCAGCUCACGUUCAACAGACCGCUCAUUUGCUUGGACUGCAGCGCCUCUUUGCGAGCCGUAGCACCCCGCAUCUCCCUGAUCUCGACUCGUCUUAUCUCGGACACGACUUUGAGUCGCCUCCACCGUAUGCUCCGCGCGCAUCGGCGCACGAGACGGAGCUCGACAGAGCGGCUUAUGUCGACUUGAGAACGCGGGGACCCCACCAAAGUCGGCUUCCUCCCAGCUCGUCCUCGACUUGGACCCUGCAUGACACCGCUGAUCCGCCCCUACCACCACCGAUCUCGAUCCCAUCGAACGCAAAUGGACACCCAGCCACAGGUCCGCCUUCUGCUUCAUCUUUCACGCGACCAUCCCUUCGAGCUCGAUCGUCCUCUCGUGGGAGUCGCAGCGGGCCGCCCUCGCCAUCAGCAUCGUUCUAUGGUCGCAGAGGCUUGACGAGCUUGUCGCCGUUCCCAGCAGGGCUCGAGAUGACUUCGAGUAUCGCUCACGCUCCUCAGAGUCUAUCGACCCCAGCCAGUCCGGGUAUUGCCCCAGACAGCGACGGAGAUGAAGACGUCGACUCGAUGCUUUCCUUCUCAUCGACCAGGUCUAAGCAAAAGCGGGAUGAGCGGCGACAAUCGAUAGCGGCGACCGACGUCGCAUCUCGCGCUGAAGCUUCAACAAGCUCCUUGCCAGGCUCGUCAGCUCAAGCGCAGGCUGCGCUGUCCAGGAGGCGGAGGUCCGGCUCUGCAGGUAGCGCAAGACAGUUGCUUCGGCCUCGCACGCCCAUCCAUUCUGCUGUCACGAGGGAUGCCGCAGACCAGCCACAGCUUACCCUGCAAAGGGGCCAAGCCACCACCGAAGGUCACAUCAAUCCUUCUUCACGGUCGCUGGCGGGCGCGACCAACUCCAUUAGUAUGGUCGGCAUUCACCGCAAUCCUUCAGGCCAAGCUUUGAGUCGCCAGCCAGGAAGCGACAACGCAGAUGCCGACUCCGGCACGCCACCGGUCUCUCCGGCCUCGGACAGCACUCGAGCCGAUAGUCUCAUGUCGCCAGCUCUAGCAUCGACGCUGUCACCCGGCAGCCCUUUCUCCGGAACCGCUGACAUGCGAACAACGCAGAUCGCGACAGACAACGAGACCUCAAAGUCGAUCACACCCGCCGCACAGCCGGACGAAGAAGAAUUCUCGCUAUUGUUCAAGCUGCUCUUGCAUCCGUUGCGGAUCCUGGCUGCGGUACCUGGAUGCAUCGGCACGUUCUGGCUCGCGCGGAACGCCUGGGUGCUAGCUACACAGCACGGCCAUGUGCUGAGCCCCGGCCAGAUGCUUGUGUCGUCAGAUGGAUCGAAUCAAUUCCAGAGCGCAAAGCUGACCGAGCAUCCGACGAUGGAGGGUCCGUACCGACUCGGACGCAGGCAGCCGGGAUCACUCGAUUUUGCUGUCGCCUGCCUAUGGAGUAUGAGCACAGCCUAUCACGCGCUGUCGUUCACGACGCUGCUGCUCCGUCGUUGGCUACUCUACUACUCCAUCCUCCCAUCACUCAUUCGGCUCGUGGCGCUGCAGGCCAUCUGUUGGCCGCUGGUACGGAUCACAGUCCACGUGUUCGGAGCUGAUCAGCCUCUGGGUGCGUGGGUGGUCAUCGGUACCACAACAGCACUGAGCGACGUUGUGUCCCGAUGGGUCACGAGCAACAUUGCCGACGCUCCUCUCGAUGACGAGGAGCUAGACGAGGAGGAAGCGGAGGAAGAGGCGGAGAACGAAGCGCUUGGGUACCUUUCUGACAGCCGCUUUGUCAAGAGUCCUACCAGAGCCAACACUGCAUUCACGGAUCAACAUCCGCACUCGCCAGCAAAUGCUUCCGCCUUGAUGGGAGAAUCGGACUGGGAUCCAAGGUCAGGCGACGAAAGCGAUGCAGCGGCAGCAAGCUUCUUUGCUUCUGAGCGAGAGCGACAGCGAAAGCAACGUCGAGGUGGUCAAGGAACGAGGUUCUGGCGUGCCGUCAUUGGCGGCCCUUCCUUUGCAGCUCCGUCUCGACGUCGCAAGAACCACAGUAGAUCCUCCACAGGCCCUGCGACAGGCAACAGCCGGGCAUCGCAUCUCUCCGGCGCUGGAACCGAGACAGAGAUGGAACCCGAGUCUGACUGGCCUGGAUAUGGUACCGACCACACUGUCCUCGGUGGAGUCGGCGGAACACCUCCGUCACGUUUCGGGACGCGUCCGAACCAAGACGGGCUACGAAGACGUCUCGGAACCAUCCGAGCAGGCGGCUCCCCCUCUGUAGCGGCGUCGCCAUCAACCAUGGAUCGUGCAGCGUCUCAGCAAGGCAUGUUUGGACGUCGACCCGUGCUGCCACCUUUCCCAUUCAGGCCCUCCACCUAUCGUCAAGGUUCGACACGCUUCGUAUACAAAGAUGGCGUUUGGUCCAAAGAGCGCACUGGCAGCCGUCGCAACUUCCACUGGGACGUCGCGGUCUGGAGGAACGUGGUGCCGAUUGCUGUGCUGUCGUAUCUCAGCAUGUGGAUUCUCAUCUUGGAUGCGAUGCGAGUUGGCAGCUAG